AUGCUUUUAACUCAUCAUCGAGACUAUCUAAGCUCAGUUCGUAAAGGAUCUCAACUGAAUGACUGGUUUUCUGCUGCUGCAGUAGAAAAAGAAAUGUCAUUGGAUCAUAUCGAUAUUGGACCAGAUUUUGUAGCUGUAGCUGGCGUAUUUUCUGAUCAUGCAUUUUUAGAGUACUUGCAUGGACAGGCAUCCGUAGACUAUGUUGAAGAAAACCAAAUAUUCAAAAGCACGCUCGUUCGACCUCAGCUAGAGGAAGAAAAUGUCUAUCAAAAAGAAAGCAUUGGAACCUUGAGAACUUCAAGACCUGCCAAUUGGGGUCUAGCUAGAAUCAAUCGGCGUGAAAGAGGUAUUUUGGAGGAAUACGCUUUCGAUACAAUGGCUGGGGCUGGAGUAGAUGUUUUUGUGCUGGACACUGGCGUUUAUGCCGAUCAUUUAGAUUUCGAUGGGCGUGCUUCGCAUUCUGCUAAUAUGGUCGCAAACGAGGAUAAUAUGGACAUGGGAGGACAUGGUACACAUGUCUCUGGAAAAAUUGCUGGUACUGAAUAUGGUGUUGCAAAGGGUGCAAACAUCCGAUCCGUUAAAAUUCUCAACAAAGUGGGUGAUGGCUCGACGUCUGGCCUAUUGAAGGGUAUUGUGCAUGUCAUUCAGACAGCAACUCCCGGUAAGAGUUUAGUUAAUUUAUCUCUCAGUGGCCCUAAAUCAAGAUUGUUGGACGAUGCUAUUGAUUCUCUGGUACUCAAGUAUAAUGUUCCAGUGUUUGCUGCUGCAGGUAAUGCUGGUACAGACGCCUGCUUCUACUCUCCUUCAUCAAAUGAAAAUGUUUUUGCUGUUGGUGCUAUCGAUAUAAAUGAUGUGGUUCCGGGUUACUCCAAUGUUGGCUCAUGUGUUGAUAUUUAUGCACCAGGGUCUAAUAUUGUGAGCACUUAUAUCGGUGGUAUAGAUUCAUCAAAAUCGAUGGACGGUACAAGUAUGGCCAGUCCACACGUUGCUGGUAUUGCUGCUAAUUUGAUGAGUAAAAAUUAUUACUCAUCUGCUCAGGAAUUAUACGAUGACAUUCGCUCCAUAGCAACAAAAGAUUCGGUUCAUUUCGUAUCAUCAAAAAGCUCAAGUCCCAAUAACAAUGUGCUGGCUUACAAUCAAGUCUAA